AUGUUGCCAAAGGUAUAUUGGAUAAAUGUGAGGCUUGCCCUUGCAAUCCUUGCAAUCAGUGGGCUUUUGGCUUCGAAAGAUGUAAACAGAAUAGAUGAAUGGGAGAUGGUUCGACGCAGUCUUGGGGGUGAAUUUGAAGGCGCUGGUAAGUUAGACAGAGUUAAAAGGAUACUUUCUCUUAGUUAUAAUGAUUUGCCUUGGCAUCUAAAGACAUGUCUAUUGUACACAAGUAUCUACCCAGAGGAUUACAAAAUAGAAUGCUAUAGACUAAUUAAUUUGUGGAUUGCUGAAAGGUUUGUAGAAUGGAGAGAAGGAAUGAGUAUCGAAGAUGUAGCCUGGGAUUAUCUCAGUGAACUCAUCAAUAGAAGCCUAAUUCAAGUGACUCGUGUGUUUUACGAAGGAAUGCCCGAAAUUUGUCGAAUCCAUGACCUAUUACAAGAAGUUAUUCUUGUCAAGUCAAGGGAACAAAACAUGGUCACAGUUACUGCUGGACAUCCAACGAUGUGGCCGUCCGAGAAGGUACGCCGUCUAGUAGUACAUAGUAGUAGCAGUAACAAUACCCAGCACCACCAAGUAAGACCAAAUUAUUGCUUUGACCACCUUCGGUCGUUUAUUACUGUUGGAUCCACGAACCCACUACUGUCCAGAAUGCUGUUAUCUGAAGUUGCACGUGGUAGUAAGCUGAUAAAGGUCUUGGAUUUUAGAGGUCAAAAGACACAGGAGGAAGUUCCAAAUGAGAUUUUCAACUUGUUUCAUCUCAAGCAUCUGGACCUAUAUGAUACGAGAGUGGAGAGAGUCCCAAAAGGCAUUGGGAAGCUUCAACAUUUGGAGUAUCUGAAUUUGGGAAAAACUGGAGUUAGGGAAUUACCCAUGGAAAUCCUAAAGCUGCAAAAACUUCGGGUUCUCAGAGUGUAUCAACAAGUUGAUUCUUCCGAUGAUGAUUAUGGAUAUCAUGGAUUUAAAGCUCCCUCGAAUAUGGGAGGGCUUCUUGCCCUAGAAGUAUUAAACUGCAUAGAUGCUAGUGGUGGAUCCACAAUAGUCAAGGAGAUAGGAAAGUUGACCCAAUUAAGAGAGCUAUAUAUUACAAAGUUAAGAAGAGAAGAUGGAAAGGAGCUCUGCUCCUCCCUUGCCAAUCUCACCAGUCUUCAUAGACUAUGCAUUGAAUCAAUUGGAAAAGGUGAUGAUCAUGAGAUAAUUGAUCUAAAUCAUCAUCCUCCUUCUCUUUCUUCUUCUUUUUCUCUUCGUAUGCUGCUUUUGUGUGGCCGCUUGGAAAAGAUGCCACGAUGGGUAGCUCAUCUUCACAGCUUGGUAAGAAUAGAUUUGGAUUGGAGCAAGUUAAGGGGUGAGGAGGAUCCGCUUGAAUCCCUCCAACAUUUGCCCAAUUUGGGUGAAAUUAACUUCUGUGGAUCUUACCAGGGAGAAGGGUUGUGCUUCAAGGCUGGAGGAUUCCUAAAUCUGAAGCGGAUGUACUUAAAGAGUAUGGAAGGGUUGAGAUGGUUGAGAGUGGAGGAGGGUGCACUGCCUCGUCUCCAAAAUCUUAUUCUAGAACGACUUCCAUUACUGGAGGAAUUACCAUUGGGUAUUCAGCACUUGAGCCAUCUUCAACAGCUGUAUUUGUCUCAGAUGAGUUCUGAAAUGAUAGAAAAGGUAGAGAAUCAGAAGGAAGGAAGUGAAGAUUACACAAAAAUCGCACACAUUCCUGAAAUUCUCAUUGGUUACUAUACAGAUGAUGGGGAAUGGAGAGAGCGCCAGCUAUGGGAGGAGAAGAAGAAAACAUAA